CGGCUCUGGUCCCGGACUCCGCGUCUUUUGGGCGACACGGCGACCUCGGACGGCGGGCCGCGUCGGCCGGGCAUGGCGGCGUGGAGCCCGGCCGCGGCAGGGCCUCUGCUUCGCGGAACCCGCCGGCUUCCUCUUCUCCACUGGGCCCAGCGCACCUUUGCCUCACAGACUGAGGGGGAGCUCAAAGUGACCCAGAUUCUCAAAGAAAAGUUUCCUCGAGCUACAGCUAUCAAAGUCACUGACAUUUCGGGAGGCUGUGGGGCAAUGUAUGAAAUUAAAAUUGAAUCAGAAGAAUUUAAAGAGAAGAGAACUGUCCAGCAGCACCAGAUGGUUAAUCAGGCACUAAAAGAAGAAAUCAAAGGUAUGCAUGGAUUGCGGAUAUUUACCUCUGUCCCCAAACACUGACCACACGCUUGCUGCGUUGCUGCUGCUGCAAAAACUUUGGAUGAAUCUUACUACCACCGUUCUUUCCUCAGCAUAUGACAAAAAGUUUAUCUAUUUUGUUCAUAGACAUUUCCAUAUUGUAAUUAUAAAAGAAUAUGGUAUCUAUUUAGAUAUUAAAUUAAAGGCAACAGAUAAGUAAAAUUUUUUUCAUUACAAAAUA